ACUUUCCCACUCUCCCAGCAAAAUUCUCUAUUCCAGUGGCGAUCCUUUCUCCCUCCCAUCAAUUAACGCCGCAUAUACAUCCCGGCAACGAAACGAACUCCGACGGCGCUCUCUGUUCGCCACCGCCACCAUGAAAGACGACUAUGACCGCAGAGAACAAACGCCGCUUCCUUCUCUCCAUUUGAAGGAUCUCAAGACGAUCUCCGUUCUCGGACGCGGCGCCAAAGGCGUGGUGUUCUUAGUUCAGAGAGAAGGUGACGGCGAAUUGUCGGCUCUCAAGGUCAUCUCCCGAGCUUCGGUGGAGAUGAAGAACAAGGCUAGCGAUUACAGAAGAAUCUGGUUCGAACGAGACGCUUUGAGGUCGUUUCAGCAUCCACUUCUGCCGAGUCUCCGCGGAGUGGUUUCCACUGAAACGAUCGUCGGUUAUGCCAUGGAUUAUUGCUCUGGAGGCCAUCUCAAUGCUCUCAGAAACAAACAAACAGAGAAAAUGUUUUCCGACGAUAUUAUCCGAUUCUACGCUGCGGAAUUGGUACUUGCGUUGGAUUAUCUUCACGGAUUAGGAAUUGUAUAUAGAGAUUUGAAGCCGGAGAAUGUGAUGAUUCAAGGAAACGGGCACAUAAUGCUGAUCGAUUUCGAUCUCUCCGCUAAGCUCUCUCCAAAAUCUCCAGAAAUUCGUCAACCUCUCGAAUUGCGUUCCAAGUCAGAUCCGAAGUCGAAGAGCACGAAGAAGAAGACGAAGUUUCCAUCAUUCUACCGGCUCUGUAGCUCUGGAAUUUCGCCGGAGGAACUCGUUCCUCCGGCAGAUCGUCCGGUUCCCAGGUCCGACUCAGCAGAGAAGACGAAUUCCUUCGUAGGAACAGAAGAUUACGUGGCGCCGGAGGUCAUAAAGGGCGACGGCCACGAUUUCUCGGUGGACUGGUGGUGCUUAGGCGUGAUGAUGUACGAGAUGCUGUACGGGAAGACGCCGUUCAGAGGAUCGAACCGGAAGGAGACGUUUUACAGAGUAAUAUCUAAACCGCCGGAUUUGGCCGGGGAGCCGACGGCGUUGAGGGACCUAAUCGGGAAGCUUCUAGAAAAGGACCCGCAACGGCGGAUCACGGCGGAGGAAAUCAAACGCCACAGAUUUUUCAGAGGCGUAGAUUGGGAGUCAAUUACGGAAAUGCCCAGGCCGCCGUUCAUUCCGGCGUCAAUGGAGGAUUUGGAGGGGGUGGGAAAUGGUAAAGAAAUGGAGGUGGAGUCAUUUGUGGAGGGAAUGUUCAAAGUAGAGGAAAAGGGCAAAAAUAGUCAAGGAGAAAAUGGGAAUAACAGAGAAGUUUGGAUUGAAGGACUGGAUCAUCAUCCCACACAACACCAACUUAAGCAUUUUUCAGUAUUUUAAUUUAUUUUAAUGCGACUUGUACUUAGCUUUUUUUUCUUAGUUUUAAAUAGAGUUUCAUGUUCUGUUAAUCGCCAUAUAGACUGGUAAUUGAAUUCUAAAAUUUGGAAAAUUCUCUAUAAAAUAGUUAGUGAGUUGAUUAUUUCAUUAUACUCCGUAAAAAAUUAUUAACACAAAUAAAGAAACAAUAUCGUG